GCCCGCACGCCCCGACCUUCCAUCGUAGGCCGGACCAUGGGAACCCCAAAGCCACGGAUCCUGCCCUGGCUGGUGUCGCAGCUGGACCUGGGGCAACUGGAGGGCGUGGCCUGGGUGAACAAGAGCCGCACGCGCUUCCGCAUCCCUUGGAAGCACGGCCUACGGCAGGAUGCACAGCAGGAGGAUUUCGGAAUCUUCCAGGUGCGUGCGACGACCUGGGACGCUGGAAACCCGGAGCUGCGCGCUGGGCGGAAAGGACUCCUAGUGGGCCCGGCUGAGAAGGCGGAGGCCUGGGCCGAGGCCACUGGUGCAUAUGUUCCCGGGAGGGAUAAGCCAGACCUGCCAACCUGGAAGAGGAAUUUCCGUUCUGCCCUCAACCGCAAAGAAGGGUUGCGUUUAGCAGAGGACCGGAGCAAGGACCCUCACGACCCACAUAAAAUCUACGAGUUUGUGAACUCAGGAGUUGGGCACUUUUCCCAGCCAGACACCUCUCUGGACACCAAUGGUGGAGGCAGUACUUCUGACACCCAGGAAGACAUUCUGGAUGAGUUACUGGGUAACAUGGUGUUGGCCCCACUCCCAGAUCCGGGACCCCCAAGCCUGGCUGUAGCCCCUGAGCCCUGCCCUCAGCCCCUGCGGAGCCCCAGCUUGGACAGUCCCACUCCCUUCCCAAACCUGGGGCCCUCUGAGAACCCACUGAAGCGGCUGUUGGUGCCGGGGGAAGAGUGGGAGUUCGAGGUGACAGCCUUCUACCGGGGCCGCCAAGUCUUCCAGCAGACCAUCUCCUGCCUGGAGGGCCUGCGGCUGGUGGGGUCCGAAGUGGGAGACAGGACGCUGCCUGGAUGGCCAGUCACACUGCCAGACCCUGGCAUGUCCCUGACAGACAGGGGAGUGAUGAGCUACGUGAGGCAUGUGCUGAGCUGCCUGGGUGGGGGACUGGCUCUCUGGCGGGCCGGGCAGUGGCUCUGGGCCCAGCGGCUGGGGCACUGCCACACAUACUGGGCAGUGAGCGAGGAGCUGCUCCCCAACAGCGGGCAUGGGCCUGACGGCGAGGUCCCCAAGGACAAGGAAGGAGGCGUGUUCAACCUGGGGCCCUUCAUUGUAGGCUCCUGGGCCCCCAGAUCUGAUUACCUUCACGGAAGGAAGCGGACGCUCACCACGCUAUGCCCUCUGGUUCUGUGUGGGGGAGUCAUGGCCCCAGGACCAGCCGUGGACCAAGAGGCUCGUGAUGGUCAAGGUUGUGCCCACGUGCCUCAGGGCCUUGGUAGAAAUGGCCCGGGUAGGGGGUGCCUCCUCCCUGGAGAACACUGUGGACCUGCACAUUUCCAACAGCCACCCACUCUCCCUCACCUCCGACCAGUACAAGGCCUACCUGCAGGACUUGGUGGACGGAAUGGAUUUCCAGGGCCCUGGGGAGACCUGAGCCCUCGCUCCUCAUGGUGUGCCUCCAACCCCCCUGUUCCCCACCAUCUCAACCAAUAAACUGGUUACUGCUAUGA